AUGCUCCGUCCAUACCGAUGCGGGUUGCUGAAGUGGAACGUUGACCUAGAACUGCAGCGAGUGACGAUGGUCCCUAGUCAUGUUGACGGGAAGGAUGAACAGGAACCAGAAUAUACAGUUUACAACAUGCUGGCCAAAGAAUUUCUUUCAGAAGAUUUUGUGCAGGGGAAGAGAUUGCUGGAAAGUGUUAUAUCUUGGAUAUCGGCCGCACAACAUACGCCCCCUGAGACAUUUCCUACGUUAGAGGAUUAUAUGGCGUAUCGAGCGAGCGAUGUGGGAGCUGGUAUGGAAUUCGCUUGCGACAUUACCUUGUCCAACACUGACAUCGAAGCCGUCGAACAUCUCAGAUCACUCUGUGAAAAGCACUUCUUACUAACAAAUGACCUGUACUCCUAUGCUAAAGAAGCAAUCGCUGAACAGGAGCAUGGUGACUCUGUCCUCAACGCCGUUCGGGUCGUUCAGCGCCUGAUGAAUACCUCGGAAAAUUCGUCAAAAGCGAUUGUUCGCCAACUUAUCUGGGAUGUAGAGCGCCAGAUGAACGAGGAAUAUGAACGUCUGCUUCAGGAUGCGCCAAAGUCGCAGCUAACAUAUGCACAGGGGCUAAUAGUCUGCGUUGCAGGGAACAUGUUCUUCUCAGCCACCUGUGCUCGCUACGCGCGAGUCGUUGAGGGAUCAAGAUUGCAUGUAUAG